AUGAUUGAGGGGUCGUUUUCGGGAGGGUGGCAAAGAGGAAAAGAGAGAGAGAGAGAGCAGGAGGAGGAGGCGGGAAGGAAGGAAGGUGGAGACCGCAGUGCUCUAUUCAAAACGAGUACCCAACCAAGGAGGGUUGGGAAUAAAAACCGACGGGGCCACGGAUUGGCCGACCCUCCCGAGGAGGCCGCGUUGGGCCCCUUCCCCAAACAAGUGCAGCACAGACAGAAAGGCGAAACCUCUGGCAUAUACUACACAAGACCAUCCAUCAAGUGCAGCACUGAUCAGACCAUAUACUACAAGAAAACCAAAUCAGGUGUAGCACUGAAGGGAACAGAUACGACACACGAUCUCAUCACCAGCAACACCUGCAUCAAGCAAGCACUGUGCAAUAAUAACAGAUACUACACAUGA